UAAUUUAUAGAUGCACUUGAAUAUAAUUUAAGGCUCUAGAAAACCUAGUUAGGUUAGUAGUCCAACCUCAUUAAAGAAGCCAAUGAUAUCUUAACUUCUCAUUAAUUUCCGACCUGCUAUUAAUAUUCCUAAUAGUUAAUAGGUAUCACCUUAGAAUUCUGAACAAAAUCUUCAAAAAUCAUUACAUUCUCAUAAAGGAUCAUAAAUAGAUGUUGCAAAUUUAACAAAAUUGAUUAGAUAAAGUAAAUCACCAAAUAUAGAAAUGAAUGAUGGAUAAAGCAAUUAAAAUUAAAGUUAAUAAUAAUUAUAGGCAUUAUUUGCAAAAGCGAGAGAAAUAACAUCAAGUAAAUCAAAACCUCCAAUAAUUAAGCAAUAAGUUUAAUCAAUAUAAGCACAAUCAAUAAAUCAAUUAAAAGAAUUAUUUAAUAAUAAUUUGUACUGCAGAAAUACAUUUAAUUUUCAUUUUGUUGUAGGUAUAGGUGGAUUUGGUAAAGUAUGGAAAGUAGAGCAUAAGAAAACUGGAUAAAUAUAUGCAAUGAAAGAGAUGUCAAAAGCAUUGUAAGAAUUAAAUAUAGAGUAGAAUAAUAACAAAAAAGAGUGUAAAUUCAGUUAUGAAUGAGAGAAUACUUUUGAGUGAAUUAAAACAUCCAUUUUUAGUUAAUAUGAAUUAUGCAUAUUAAGAUAGAGAGACUCUUUAUUUAAUAAUGGAUUAUAUGUCUGGAGGUGAUUUAAGAUAUCAUAUAGGAAGAAUGAGGAGAUUCAAUGAAGAAUAGACUAGUAAGAUCAAAAACUAUUAUUUUGAGGGUUUUUUGUUGCCUGCAUAUUUUUGAGUCUAGAAUAUGUGCAUGAGAAUAAAAUUAUACAUAGAGAUAUUAAACCAGAGAAUCUAGUUCUAGAUAAUAAAGGAUAUGUUCAUUUGACUGAUUUUGGUAUAGCAAGAGUAAUGAAACCAGAGAAUUCAAGUGAUACAAGUGGAACACCAGGAUAUAUGGGUAUAUAUUUGAAUUUAUAUAUAUCUAUUAUUUAGCACCAGAAGUUAUGUAUAGAUAAAAUCAUACAUAUGCAGUUGAUUAUUAUGCUUUAGGAGUUAUUGCUUAUGAAUUUAUGUUAGGAAGAGUACUAUUAUUAAUCAUAUAUAUUAGAGACCAUAUGUUGGAAGAUCUAGAUAAGAAAUAAGAGAUUAAAUUAUGGCCAAAUAAGUAUAAAUUAAAAAAUCAGAAAUACCAGAUAAUUGGUCAUUAGAAGGUGCUGACUUUAUUAAUAGAGUAAACUCUUAAAUAAAUUCUAUUAGUUACUUUAAAGAAAACCUUAAUAAAGAUUAGGUUUUAAUGGUAGUUAGGAAAUCAAAUUACAUCCUUGGUUUUAGAGUUUUCCUUGGUAAAAAUUAUAAAAUUUUGAAUUGAUUCCACCAUUUCAACCAAAUGUUAUUAUUUUAUUAUAGAUUAGAGAACUGAAGAUAAUUUUGAUUAAAAAUAAAUAUUAAUUGAAGAUGAAGAAAAUAAUGAAUUAAUCCAGUAGAAUCUCAUUGUCUUAAAAGAUCCUUCUUCAUAAGGUAUAAAUACCUAAAUCAUUAAGAUUUAUUUUAGGGUUAUGAAUUUAAUGCCAAUCAGAGUAUGAAUAAAAAUUCAUCUACCACUGAUCAAUCAUCAAGUUCAUCAUCUAAACAUAGUAGGAAUUUCAGUUAAAAUAUAGAAAAAUAAUAAUUUUUUGAACAUGCUCAUAAAUGA